AAAGCUUGGAACUCCUGUAACCUGGCACCCAUGUUCUAGGAAGGUCCCAUACCAGGCUCACUUGCCUACAGACACAGAGACUUUAGGAUGUUCUCUUGUUGUUUUCCCAGGUACCGGGGCUCUGGAUGCCAGAAACCCCAGUGCACAGGAUUACUCAGAUGUUGGAGAGGUUUCCUUAACCCACGCUGGCGAUGCCUCAGGAUGUUUUCCGGGAGGUCACAUAAGAGCCACAUGCCACAGAUGGAGGACAAGCUGAAUGAGAGCCCCUGCUCUACUUCCCUGAAGGAAAGAAGGAAGCCCCAUGCCAUCAGGACGAAGCCCCGCUGGCUCAGGGGUAUGAACAUCUCACCCAUGCCCGACAAUGAGAACCGUGAGGAAGGGACCAUGGAAGGAGGCUGGAUGCUACUGGAACAGCGAGUGGAGCACCUGGUACCUGCUUUCCUGGGUAGAGACCCCUCCUACCUCUUCACAUUCUUGAGAACAUACAGAACAUUUGCUACCACCCAGCAGGUCCUGGAAAUACUGUUUAUGAGAUACGGAUGCUUCCAUUCGGAGGCUGAGGAGGAUGGCGGACCCCGGGAGCAGGAGAAACUGGCCAUCUCCUCCAUCCUGGGCACCUGGCUGGAUCACAGCCCCGAAGAAUUUUUCCGGCCUCCAGACUUCACCAGCUUGAAGCUGCUGCGGGCGUAUGUAAGGGCCCACAUGCCGGGCUCCGAGCUGCAGCGCCGCGCCCGCCUUCUCUACUCAUGGCGGAAACACCCUUUGGCAGCAGCUCUAGAGCCCCGUCCAGGCGUGCCUCGGGAGGGAGCCCCCGCUAUCUCUGGGGUGCCCACUGCAGCCUCGCGGCCCAGGCUGCCUGAAGCCACCAGUUCUCCUGGAGCUCAGCGCGUACGAGAAUCGGAGACCCUCACUGCAGCGUCCCCACCAGGGCAGGAGGUACUCCCAGCUCUGGCUGACAGUCAGGAGCUGGAAGAGCCACCUGCCCCUUUGGUGGCCCCAGAGCAUGAGCAGCCCCCAGCCCCAGCCGGCGGGGUCACGGAAGGGCUGGAGCAACCACCUCCUGCAGCUGAGCAACCAGCCUCAGCUCCCCAACAGCGGCUCAUGUCGGCUGCAGCCCCCCAGGAUGAAUUCCCUGACCUUGUCGUUGCGUUCUUUGUCAGUUUAGUAGUGGGUAUAGAGGUAUUUAGUGUCCUUAUAUACUAUUGGUUUGUACUCAAAACAUAAUUUAAGUUUCAAAAAGUUUACGCUGAUCCUGUGAAAUUACAACUUCAAGUGUCAGUACGUACAUUCGCAGGAUUUUACACCCGUGACCUCUAUGUACUCCUAGAACAUUUCCAUCACAGAGACACGUGGACUACUAAUCACCCACGGCUCAUUCCCUCACCCCAGUCUCUGCAACCAGCGAUCUCGGUUUCUGCUGCUUUAGCUCCUCUGGGAUUUCCAUGUGUGUGCAAACACACAACUUGGCCUGUUGUGUCUGGCUACAUGACAGGAGACUGAUUAAUAAUUGCUUAAAUAUUCAAUGGCACUAAUAUUUUUUAUGACAGAGGAACAGUCCUCAAAGAACAAAGAUUAGGUGAAGCCCCCACCACUGGCCAUGGUGAUAUCUGUCUAACGUGCAUAUUAUAAAAAUGCCCAAAUGAAACCGUCAAUAUGCCAUUGACGCUAACCUAUUAGGCAAUAAAGUAUAAAGUUCUGGAAGGUUUCCUACAGGUGACAUGUAUUCAGUAAAGUGAAGAUUUAAACAAUGAGGACAGGCACCAAGGUGGCUCAAUGGGCGAGUUUCCGAGUCGAAUUUGCCUCAGGUCACGAUCUCAUGGUUCUUGAGAUCAAGUCCCAAGUCAGGCUCUGCAAUGACAGCUUGAAGCCAUCCCUGGUCAGGAUUCCCCUUCUUGCUCUUUCCAAAAAGAUAAAUAGGAAACAACAAAUACAUACGGCAAAAUAAAUGUAUAUUCUUUGAGGAAAUAAUGGCCCCCAAGACAUGGUGUCAUCUUCACACUCCUUUGGCUUUGAGUGCAGCAGGUGACUGUGUUUGUGUUCACGAGUAGUGUGACAGGUUGGGCAUCCAUCCAGGACUAUGGUCUUGUACUAUGGGAUGUCGCCACAGUGGGCAGGCACAGUCCUGUCCCCUUCUGCAUUCUCAGGGGCCACACAUCAUCCUUUACUCUGCGUCUCCAGAAGCUGAAUGACUGGGCCAAUUCCAAUAUUUUCUCUCUCAUCACUGUACACAAGGGCACGUGUGUACCGAAAC